AUGAAACCCGGGACUCGGAGUCCAGGCGCCGGUGCCUCUCUGGGGUCGGUGCGGGCAGCGGGCGUCGGUUGGAGGGGGCUAACGCCCUCUUCGGCCUGGCGCCUUAAAUGGCUGCCCCCCACCCAGGGGCGGUACCUGUUGCGCUCGCAGAGAGGGUAUGUCGCGGGGCAUCCCUCUCAAGGCGCCUGGCUUCAAUCGAACGCUGGUGAUGAGUGCCUAGGUGGGGUGGGGGCGACUGGGUGCUGGAGCCCCGGGUCUACACCCGGACCGUUCCGGUGUCGGGUUCGUCUCUCGCCUCUGCCGACAGUGCAGCAUCACCCCUCCUUGAGAGAGACUGUUGGGGAGAGUCGUGGGGGCGCGGUGCCUCCGCCCCAUGACUCUUACUCUUCCCCCAACGUGAAUGCAACCAGAAGGAUCUUGAAGUCCAGGUCCGGGGGCGGCGGUGCUCGUGCCGGCCCGAGGGGGGGAUUGAGGACUGGAGCAGGCCUGGGAGGCCUAUCACCCUCCCUGGCAUGGCGCCUUAAUUCGUUCUCUCCCCUCCAGAGGCGGUACAACCUGCGGUCGACCAGGGGUGCAGUCCUCCGGGACUCACCCUUGAGCACCCCCCCGCCCCCUUCGAACGCGAGAGUCAGUAGCCCCCGUGAUGUGGCGGCGGCCGGUGCCUGGGAGGCUGGGUCCACGCCCAGGUCUCUUAGGUGUCGUGUCCGCAUGUCAUCGUCGUGGAGGCGAACGCUCGCCUUCCCCUCUUUGGGAGAUAGGCAGAGAGAGGAUCGGAGGAGUGCGGCGAUUCCUUCCCCCGGUCCUGUCGUAACCUCUCUGCCUGACUGUCCUUACCCUAGCCACUUGUUGGCUGAGGAGACUCCUGCGUCCUCAAGCCAGGGAUCUGUUUCAGAUCCUCUGGUAGGGAGGCGCCUCACGAUGACAAGUGGGGUGAAGGGUUCUCAUAACCCUCAAAAACGCAAACAGCCCAUAGCUCGGCCGGCGGAUGGCGAGCCCACCGCUCGAAGACAUCGACCAAGGGGGUGUGUCGAAUCAAAGCCUGGAUCCAGUGGUAGUGGGCUUCCAGGCGUGCAGCCACCCCAAUUGUCUUCUACUAGUCUCGUGCGCGAUCCAGGGGACCCAAUUGAUGCUGGUGUGAAGUCGUAUACUGUCCGUCUGCCCGGUUUGGAACCUUGUGGGCUUUGUGGUAAGCAGCCGGGCACUGCUCGGGAGCUGGAGUCCCAUCUGGGCCUGGUUCAUCGGGUAGAGUCUGUGCUGUGGGCUUGCGGCAGGUGUGGGAUGUCCCGACCUAACCGGCACCAGGUCUCCUGUCACAUACCUAAGUGUCGGGUUGGCCGGUUGUCGGUGGGUAAGUUGCGUUGCAACCUCUGCCCUAGGGUCUUUCGCUCGGUUAGAGGUCGGUCCCUUCACAGGCUUAGAGCCCAUACUGCUGCCUACUUGGGGAUGGAUUCGAGGCGGGACGGCUGUCAUCGGCGGCACGUCGGUUUCGGUGAGCGGAGGCCUGAGGAGGUCAACGAGCUGACUCCCGCUCAUCUGGACAUGCCCUCGACAUCAGGGUCGGUGGCCACUGUUCACGAUGGUGGGAAGAAAGGGAGACAAAUUUGGCCACAGUGCGGAACUUCGAGAAAGGCCAUUCGGAAAAUGGGGAGACUUCGCCGGUCUCAGGUAUCGGAACGCUCAAGUCCCAAGCCACCGCAGCAGUCGGUCGAGGACGCGUUGCUUGAGAUCCUUCACGCUGCAUCGGCGGGACAGACCGGCAAGUCAGACGAGGUCCCCAUUACGGAGGAUGAUUGCUCUCAGGAAGCUAUCACUUCCGCCUCCUCCACUCUGAUCCGAGAGGUGGGCCGGAUGAUGGGAACUGGACAUUCGGCUCGAAAGAGGUCUGCCGGGCGGCCGGCCAUUGGUUCGGUCCAGCGGUGCAGGUCGAGGCGGAUUGUCCGUCAACGCCUGCUCCGCCUCUAUCACUCAGACAGGGCCAAGCUGGCGUCUCUUGUCCUGGAUGGGCAAACGGGGCAGAUCUGCUCCGUCCCUCUGUCUGAGAUCACUGCGGUGUUUGAGGGCAGGUGGGGUGACGUCCGACCGUUCCGAGGGCUUGGUUCGUUCGGCGGCCUUGGACGGGCCGAUAACUCAGUGUUCUGCCAUUUGGUAACGCCUCUGGAGAUCAUGAAAAAUUUACGAGCUAUUAAGGGCUGUUUCUCCCCAGGUCCCGAUGGGAUAACCAAGUCCCUGCUACUUGGUUGGGAUCCCAAGGGGGAGAAGUUGGCACACAUGUUCUCCACAUGGUUGGUCUCGGGGACUCUGCCGAGGGUCUUCAAAAGGUGUCGGACGGUACUCAUACCUAAGACCACGAACCCUGAUCUGCUGGGGGACGUCAACCAGUGGCGUCCAAUCACUAUAGGGUCGAUGGUCUUGAGGCUCUUUUCGCGGAUCCUGACGGUUAGGAUGACGGCGGCGUGUCCUAUCCAUCCGCGCCAGAGGGGCUUCAUAGCCUCUCCGGGCUGUUCUGAAAACCUGUCGGUCUUGGAGGGUGUCAUGAGGUUGAGCAGGCAAGAAAGGGUCUCCCUUGGGGUCGUAUUUGUCGACUUUGCGAAGGCCUUUGAUACUGUUUCGCACGAGCACCUCCUGAGUGCUUUGGAACGGAAGGGGUUAGACCAACACAUGCUGGAAUUGGUCAGGAAUUCAUAUGAGGACUGUGUAACCAAGGUGCGAUGUGCAGAAGGUGACACUGCAGACAUCGCCAUGAAGGUGGGGGUAAAGCAGGGUGACUCCAUGUCACCCCUCCUCUUCAAUAUUGCUCUGGAUCCACUGGUCCAGACUCUUGAACGCGAGGGCCAAGGAUUUGUGGCGGACGGAAAAUCCAUUACGGCACUGGCAUUCGCCGAUGACCUGGUUUUGUUGAGUAGCUCCUGGGAUGGUAUGGUGGCCAACUUGGAUGUCCUGGAGACUUUCUGCGAGCUUACCGGGAUGAGGGUUCAGCCUGGUAAGUGCCACGGGUUUUUUGCCGAGACGGUGGGGCGGUCGCUCAAGAUCAACAGCCGACCCCCCUGGCUGUUGGGAGGUGUCCCCCUUAACCUGAUCGGGCCGGACGAGGGCGCUAAAUAUCUGGGUGUUAUAGUCAACCCGUGGACAGGGAUUGUCUCUAAGGGCAUCGGUGAGCGACUCCAGAGGUGGAUAGCUGCCAUCGGAGGGACACCCUUAGGCCCGAUCGAGAGGGUGGACCUGUUGGUCAACUAUGCCAUUCCGAGGGUGAUCUUCGAGGCUGAUCAUUGCAUGGUGUCAGGCCCGGUCCUGACAGAAGUAGACACACGCAUCAGAAAGGCGGUGAAGUCGUGGCUUCAUCUGCCAACUUGUACAACAGACGGGUUAUUGUACUCGAGGAAGUCCAGCGGUGGACUGGGCAUUCCCAGAUUGGCAAGGGUCGUGGCGUCUAUACAAGCCCGGAGAAUCUACAACCUGUUUCACUCUUCGGAUGAAACAGUCAGGUGGAUUUCUCGUCGAACGAUAAAGUACAAGGCUUUCAAGGGGGCAUGGCGGAGAGCUGGGGGUUCACUGGACGAACUCCCCAGCCUGGACCCCCCUGCGGAGGGGGGAGAGGUGGGGCCUAGCCCAGAGACAAGUUUCCCUGCGGAGGGGAUCACGGGGACCCCCAGUUCUAUGACGCGUAAGAGGCGCUUGGUCCCGUGCGAUUGGCGCCAGGUCGAGUUUGACAAAUGGGCUAACCUGAAAUCUCAAGGGCGGGGGAUUUGGAUGUUCGAGGCUGACAAGAUCAGUAAUUGCUGGCUAGUGGACCCCCACUCGGGGGGGUUCACUCCCGGCCGGUAUAUUGCUGCCCUUCAGCUGAGAGCAAAUGUCUUCCCAACCCGAGAGUCGGCAGGGAGGGGGAGACUGUCCUCCGAUGCUCUAUGUCGCUACUGUCGGGGUUCUCCCGAGACCUGUUCACACAUACUUGGGGUCUGCCCGAAGGUCAAGCUUGGCAGGAUCCAGAGGCACCACAAGGUGUGUGAUCUCAUCGAAACUGAAGCACAGAGCUACGGCUGGAGUGUGAUGAGGGAGGUUCGCUGGACCCUUCCUUCCGGGAGUGUUCUGGCGCCCGACCUUGUCUUCACGAAAGGUGAUUUGGCACUGGUGGUGGAUGUUACGAUUCGGUACGAGUUAAAAGAUGACUCUCUCGAGGAAGCGCGGCUUGAGAAGGUCGCCAAGUACCGCCCUCUUGUUCCUGUACUCCUCGGGAAGGUGCCUUUGGUUCAGAGGGUGCAGGUUAUCGGUUUCCCGGUCGGUGCCAGAGGCAAAUGGCCCUCGACCAAUGAUACUUUCCUGAAAACCUUGGGCUUGAAGCAAGCUCGACGCCGGAGCUUUGCUAAACUCAUCAGUCGCAGAACCCUCUUGUAUUCCCUGGACGUCUUGAGUGAGUUCAUGGGCUGAUGAGGGGAGGCUUGUCCUACCUCCAGCACGAAAGGGGCCCCGCAAAGAGAAGGACGAGGGCGGCGGGUCCCCUAUAAGGCGUGUAGUUACCAUUGAAGUAGAAGCCUCUAGCCAGGCCGCUUCCAGGAGCGACCUAGCAAACGAGUGCACCUAGGAGCAGUGCGGAGGCUGGGCCGUCUCUCCGGCGGUUACAGGUGUCGACGUUAGCUCGGUGUAUUUAAGUGGAUGUCGUUAUGCGGGGCGGAGGCUGGACCAUCCGCCAUGUCGGUUACAGAUGUCGGCCCGUACGCGACACUCAGAAACGGCU